UGGCGGGGGAGUGCUGGACACUUUGUACCUUUAUGUCCCGAUGGUAGAGCAGCGAUGGUAGCUUUCUGAUGUAACCGCCAUGUGGCCGAGAGUCUUCAUCACCUUCGUCUUGACGCUGCAGGGCUCCCAGCCAGCUUCAGUCUUUCUGGAGCCACAGAAGGCCCAUGGCGUCCUGGUCCGGACCCGGCGCUACAACUCCGGCUGGUUUGAGGAGCUGAAAAUGGGAGAUCUAGAGCGGGAGUGUCUGGAGGAGACAUGUAGCUUUGAAGAGGCCAGAGAGGUGUUUGAACACACGGAGCUGACGAACGAGUUCUGGAAGAAGUACUCUGUCCCUGACAGCUGUAAGUCUAGUCCCUGUCAGAACGGCGGGACCUGCAUCCUGGACGGAGCGUCCUAUGCCUGCUUAUGUCUUCCUCAGUUCAGAGGACUCAACUGUGACCUCGAGCAGCAGCAGGAGUCUGACAGCUGUCUGCUGCAGAACGGAGGCUGUGAACAUUUCUGCCAUGAGGACGACUAUGGACGAAGACUAGCGUGUUCGUGCGCUGGAGGGUACCACCUGGAGGCUGACGGGCGGAGCUGCAUCUCAACAGAGCCGAUAGCGUGCGGCAUGAUUCCUGUCCUACGGGACGUGACCGGAAACAGCCAUCUGCUGAGGAUUGUGGGAGGGACGGAGUGUCCGAAGGGUGAAUGCCCCUGGCAGGUUUUGCUGAAGUAUAAAGGCGAAGGUUUCUGUGGAGGAGUGAUUUAUGAACCAACAUGGAUCCUCACAGCCUCUCACUGCCUCACUGACACUGACCCACGGUUCCUGAAGGUGGUUGCAGGCGAACACGACACCAGGGUUAACGAGUCUACUGAGCAGGUCAUCCAAGUCGAGGAGAUCAUUAUGCACCAGAACUAUGUGAUGAGAACCGUUGACAACGACAUCGCCCUCCUUCGCCUAGCGUCUCCGAUAGUUUACUCGCCAUACGCAGUCCCCAUCUGCCUGCCGACGCGAACACUGGCAGAACGUGAGCUCUGGGCGGUGGACCUGCACACAGUGAGCGGUUGGGGGAAGCGGAGCGAGAACGGGCCCAUCUCCGUCCUCCUCAGGCGUACCAAGGUGCCGCGCAUACGAAAGCAGACCUGUGUGGAGCAAAGCGGCGUGCCGCUCACCGAGAACAUGUUCUGUGCCGGAUACUUUGACGGUCGGAGUGACUCGUGUAAAGGCGACAGCGGCGGUCCACUGGUGACCAAGUAUAAGAAAACAUAUUUCCUGCUGGGGAUCGUGAGCUGGGGGAAGGGCUGCGCCCGACCAGGCAACUACGGCAUCUACACUCGAGUGUCCAACUACCUGGAGUGGAUCCACAACCAAACAGCAACACCGGCUCAGAGGGAAAUCCCCACGGAGACGGUCCCCGGCUCUGCUACAGUUACUCUACAAUAACUUUCCCAGAA